CAGUGACCACAUCACCAUCAUCACCGAACCCCUAUUGACCUCUACUUCUUUCUUGGAAACUAUCAUUCGAUAUCCGUUCAACAUAGCGAAUAUUACUUCUCCGAACAUGGCCGAAGAAGUAGGUGCUCGUUCAGCGCUCGAUUCAUUCGAGAUCCUGACCACCUCCGGCAUCCUGCUGUGGUCCAAAAAAUACGCCCCGGUGAACUCCAGCGUGGUCAACAGCUUCAUCAGCGACGUCUUGAUCGAAGAGCGCGCACAGCCCGGCAGCGAUGGUAAAUGGUACAAAAAGGAUUCCUACACACUGAAGUGGACCACGGCCAACGACCUGGGAUUGAUCUUCAUCGCCGUGUACCAGUCGCUUCUGCAGCUCACAUGGAUCGACGAGCUUCUCGACACUGUCAAGACGCUGUUCACAUCGCUGUACGGCGACCAGCUGAAGAAGCCUCACACGUCCACCAUCGAGUGCCACUUCGAUGACUACUUCAACACGCGGGUGCACGACCUCGAGAAGAAAUACGGAGCGGUCACGCGACCAGUCGUCGCCGCCGCGCCUGCGCCCAGCGAAUCGCCCGCUCUACAAGACAAGUGGGAUGCGCCGCCGCCGAUUCCGGGGAGCAUGAGAACGCCACUGCGACCCGGCUCGCCCGCCGUCUCCGGCAGUCUCCUGGUCCCAGGCACAUCCGACAGCUCCCGGCCCUCAUCGCCGGGAAUGGGUGCCUCGGGCUUGAUCACGGCGAAGCGUCCGCGCGGAGGUCGUGGACGUCGCGGGAAGUCCGCCGGCGUGGCGUCCAGCGGCGAUGAGCUCUCGCCGGCUCCGUCGAGUGGCAAGAAAUCUGGCAAGAAAGGGCGCGUGUGGGACGCCGACGGGAAUGCCGACGAGGCGGACGAAAGGGUGCUCGAUUAUUCUGCGCAGGAUGCGUCCGGCGAGGAGUCGGUCGUGGCACGGAAACUAGACUAUAUUGACCAGAAGGAAUGGGGCAAGAAGACGUCGAAGGGCGAGUUUGUGCUGAAGGAACUGGGCGAAGAAGUGGAGGCAAUACUGAAGCAGUCCGACGAGAAGCAAUCCGCGGGCAGUGGCGCCAUGGGCGGCGCCUUCGGCUUCUUCAAGAACUUUGUGGGCGGAAAGGUUCUCACGAGGGAAGACAUGGACAAAGCGCUCGGCGGGAUGCGCGAACACCUGUUGAAGAAGAACAUCGCGCAAGAAGCGGUCAACGACAUCGUCAAAAACGUGGAGACCAGCCUUCUCGGGCAAAAGACUGGAACCUUCCAGAGCAUCGAAGCGAUCGUGCGGUCCUCGGUCGAAGCCGCCAUCAAGCGCAUCCUGACACCAACCAACUCGCUCGACCUCCUCCGCGAAAUCCAGCACAAGAAGUCUCGCGGCGCGCGCCCCUACGUCAUCUCGAUCGUCGGCGUCAACGGCGUGGGCAAAUCCACCAACCUCUCCAAGAUCUGCUUCUUCCUUCUGCAGAACAAGUAUAAAGUCCUGAUCGCGGCAUGCGACACCUUCCGGUCCGGCGCCGUCGAGCAGCUGCGCGUGCACGUGCGCAACCUGGGCGAGCUCUCGGCGCGCGAGGGCGGCGUAGUCGAGCUGUACGAGAAGGGCUACGGCAAGGACGCCGCGAAUAUCGCGAAGGACGCGGUGGACUACGCCGAGCGCGAGAAGUUCGACGUCGUCCUGAUCGAUACUGCCGGACGCCGACACAACGAUCAGCGCCUUAUGAGCUCCCUCGAGAAGUUUGCGAAGUUCGCGGUGCCAGACAAGAUCCUGAUGGUCGGCGAGGCCCUCGUGGGAACGGACUCUGUCAUGCAGGCCAGGAAUUUUAAUGCUGCGUUUGGAAGUGGCAGGACGCUCGAUGGGUUUAUUAUCAGCAAGUGUGACACUGUUGGCGACAUGAUCGGAACAUUAAUCAGUAUGGUCUACGCCACCGGCAUCCCCGUGGUGUUUCUGGGCGUUGGACAGAACUAUCAGGACCUUAGGACUUUGAAUAUCAGCUGGGCGGUAGGAUUAUUGAUGUCGUAGAGUAGUAGAGUAGUAGAGUAUGAUUACGAUGGGGGAUGGGGGGUUGAUGUCACGGCGAGAGAGUAUUAUAACGGAGGAGCGAGUGAGUGAGUAGUUGAAUUUCAAUUGACUCUACUUUUCUUGGAAUCUCCAGAUCGGGAUCGGGAACGUGAUAUUGAGUGA